AUGUCUUCAAAUAAUGGUCUUUUAGAAGAGCAUACAUUUAAUAAUAAUACAGAUAUUUAUAUAGAAAAAAGCGAGGAUAAUAAUAAUAACAAUAGCAAUAGUAAUAGUAAUAAUAUUUAUAAUAAUUAUUCAUCAAUGACAAUGAAUGGUCAUCAAGAUUUCAAUAAUCAAGUUGAUUAUAAUAAACAGUAUCAGCAAACAUCACCACAACAACAAACACAACCACAACAACUUCAACAACAACAACAACAAAAUCCAAAUGAUAUCUAUCCAAGACAAAUGAUCUCAUCCCCAAUGACUCCCAUAGAUUCAAAUAACUAUACACAACAACAACAACAGCAAUUACAUAAUAAUCCAAGUGAUAAAAAUCCUAGAAGCCCCAUUCCAAAUGAAUAUACACAACAGCAAUCAAACAUAAAUGGCGGUGAUGUUAAUAUUAAUAAUACCAGUGAUUUAAAUAAUAGCGGUGGUUUAGAAAACAGCAAUAAUGUUAAUGGUGUUUAUCAAAAUUAUAAUCCAAGAUCACCAAAUAAUAUAAAUCCUUUAUCUCCACCUGUAUCUCAAAUGCAGCAACCUCAUACACCUCAACAGCAACAAAUACAGCAGCCACAACAACAACAAAUUUUAAGUCCGCAAAGUAGUGACGCUAUUUCACCAAGACAUCAAGUUUAUAUUAAUCAUCCAUCAUCACCAACCCAAAAUACCAAACCUCCACAAAAUAUACCAAAGUUCCAUAAACAACAAAUGGCCCAAUGCCAGCAAAAAUAUCAACAAACUUCGCAACAAGUUGCUUAUGUUCAAACCCAACUCCAAAAUCCUAAUCUACAACAAACCAACCCACAAAACUAUGUACAUCUUCAAUCAGCGAUGGUUCAGCUUCAACAAAAUUUACAAAAACUUAAACAAAAUUUUCAUAUGAAUUCGAGUCAAUUAUUAUCACUUCAAACACAAUUCUCACAAUUACAAACUAAAACUACACCCACACAACCACAGCAAGCAGGUCAACCUCAACAAGCAGGUCAACCAAAUCAAACAGGCCAACCUAUUCAAUCUCAGACACAGCAAGCAGGUCAGCCUAAUCAACAGGUUCAGUUACAACAUCUUCAACAAUUACAGCAAUUCCAGAUACACCAACAACAACUACAACAACAACAACAGGUUCAACAACAACAAAACCAACAAAUUCAAUUACAGCAACAACACAUUCUUCAGCUCCAACAACAACAGGCCCAACAACAAGCUCAACUCCAACAACAACUCGCUAUGAAUGCAGCAGGGACCCCAAAUGAAAAAAAUAAUAAAAAGAGAAGAGCAGAGGGUUUGGACGAUAGAAAGAAGGAGGCCAAGCGUCAGGAGCUUGAUCUUGAAUAUAAGAAAAUUAUUGAAGAGGCUUUGGUUGAGCGUAAGCUUGCUACCCAACCAGAUUAUAAGAAUCCAUUUAAAUCAUUGCAAGAUGCCAAUGAAAGAUUAAGUUGUUUCAGAGUUUUUUCAAUACUCGAGCCACCACCACCACCAACAAAAACCGAAGAGGAGGAUAAGAAACCUAUCAACGAUUUAUUAAAACAUGCUAAAAGCUACUUUAAUACCAAGUUUGAUAAGCAUUCAGAUGAACAAGUUCAGCAACAAGAUUUUCAAUAUUCUAAUGAUUAUCAUUUAUUGUGGAGAUGUUUAGUAGCCGAUAUGCCCGAUUAUAAAGCUCAAUAUCAAAAGGCCAAAUCAGCUAUAUUUGCAUCACCACCACAAAAUGUACAAAAACCAGCUGCAUUAUUAUCUCCAGCUACCACAAGCGCUACUCCAUCUGUCGCCACACCAGCUGUUGUUACACCUACUCUUACUCCAUCAAUGGUUUCACCAACCACUGCAACUCCACAUUUCCUUUCACCAAACCCAAUUACCCCAUUGCCAACACAAACAUCUACCCCUACAACUACAUCAGUCACUGUUUCUAAUUUACCUCAACAAGAUUCUGUUGCUUUACCAUCAACAACCAUUAAUACAUUACAACCAGAAAUAAAUAGUUUAGCAACUGACUCGACUAAUAUUACAACAACAAAUCCAGAAAAUAAUAAAACACCACUUGAAAACACAACCGAACCUAAUGUAGAUAGCGAAACAAAACCAAUAAUAGAGAGUAUUAAUAAUAGUGAUGGUAUGAGUAUGGAAGAAAAUACUAAUGAAUCAACUACUAUUAAUAAUACCACCGAAUUAAAUAACAAUGUAGAUAACAAUAAUGUAGAAAUUACACCAACAAAUACUACCACUGAAUCAGCUACUAUCACUAAUGCCCCAAUUGUAACCGAAUUAAUGGGCGAGCAAACUAUCACUAAUAACGAAAGUGAUCCAAUAAAUACCAAUGCUAAUGAUGAAAACACUACCUCUGCUACUACUACUUUUGCAACAACACCAACCACUAACACUCCCCCAACAGCAGCUGUAGCCUCAAUGGCAUCAAUUUCACCAACUCUUAAUGAUAGCGAAAACAAUACAACAAUUACUUCAACCACAGCUAAUUUGUCAACACCCACAACUCCAAUCCCCGCAACUAAUAAUAAUAUUGAAAACCAAAUCCAACAGCCACAGCAACCAAUUCAACAAGAGGAAAUUUCAUCAAAUGAAAGCAAUAAUAUGGAGAUUGGUGAUAAUAAUAUUGGAAAUGGUUUAAAUAAUGAAGGUAUUAUCAAUAAUACUUCUGAAAUUAAUAACCAAGGCAAUAUUAAUAACAAUGAUAAUAUUAACCAAAUGGAAAUUGAUGCUAGUGCUGACAAAAGUUUUGGUAAUAUAAAUAAUAAUAUGGAUAGUAAUAUGGAUAAUAAUAUAACAAUUGGUAACUUUGAGAAUACAAAUAGUAAUGAAAGUACAUCCCAAGGUAUAAUUGAUAAUAGUAAUAAUAAUAAUAGUUUAAAUGAUUUUAAUAAUAGUGGUUUAGUUAAUAAUAACAUGUUUAUCGAUAAUGAUAACAUUAAUAAUAAUAAUAAUAAUAAUAAUAAUUUAAAUACUGAAAUCAAUAGUAAUAUUAAUUUUGGUAAUAUCGAAAAUUUUAAUCCAGAGAAAAAUAACAACACCUUUGAAAAUAAUAAUAUAAUUGCAGGGGAUAGUAAUAUGAACGAAACUGGCGCCGAAAAUAAUAUUUAA